CAGUGACUAUGGCAGGGAGGGAUAUAACAUUGCUCCAGCUCAAACAUUACCUGGUGACCGAGUAUGGUGCGUUUGGGGGUCUGCUCUUGCAUUGCAUAGAGAAGGGGAGGCAUGACCUACGUUGGUACGGAGUAUUGCACCCUGCGAUGUGUUUACUUCCUUUAUGCCUUUAUUGGCCUCGGACUUUGGUUCAAUCAUAUCAUUUUCGGUCCUCUCAACUGGACACUACGCAACAGGGAACUAUGCAUUCACGAGGACCGGACAGUCAACACGGAUGGUCAAGACCACACAUACACUAUCCUGCCGCCCGACUUUACAGAUUUAAUCCCCACAUUUCCGGGUAUUUCCACCCACAUUCUGGGAUCCAAUUUCUGCGGACCAAGUAAAUAUCUAUAUAUCCUGGCUCCCCCAAUUGCAACCUCUGGGGCAAGAGUGACGUCGGUUCACAUAUUUAUCUAUGGCACUGUGGAGUUGGAACCAGGCCAGGAACAGUCUGUCUGUAUUAACGAGAGCAUUCUUAACAGAAUGGAAUGGUUUCGAUGCGCUAUUCUUCGCCAAACGCAGGACGGAAGACUCAUCGAGGUCUCUGAACCCGUUUGUUUUGCACUCAGUGUGCAGUUCCGUGGCGGAUUGGGGAGGAGAUCGUAUGGCGCUGUACAUGUCAUGGAACGCCAUCACCCAUUGACUCUAGGGCUACGCCAAGGGGAUUUGAUAGCAAUAUGGGCCCUCGGAAGAGCUGGCUAUGUCCACAAACCAGCAGGCGCUUGGAUCAAGGUCGUGACGAAUCACCGGCUCGGAUUUUUGGAUUGGGUUGUUGCGAUGGACGUGGCGAGGACGAUCGCGGGACUGAUCAUAUACCCUCGUGGUCAUACUUGGCCAGAGAUAGUCGGAAAAUAUUGCCAUAAGCUGAUGUUCCUGUUUUUCGAGAUUCCAUGGUGCUUGAACAGCUUGUGUAAUGAUUGGCCUUGGUCAAGAAUCAGCAUGGUAGCAUCACACAUGCUUUCCACUGUCACGCCGCUCCAGCUACCUGAAGAUGGCAGUGACGAGCAGCCAGUCGAAGUAGCACUGUCCAACUUCAUAGAACAACUUCUCUCACCGAACGGCGGAAAAGGGUCGCCAUUCUGUAGAGCUACAAUACGCUCCAUCUCCCUCGGACAAGCCGAAAUUGAUCUCUUCAAGAUCAUCGUUCUGCUAGUCACCCUCGAUAACGUGGAGUAUUAUGUGCAUAUACGUCACCCCAAAGACGAGGAAUCUCUCUGGCCCCAUUUUAUCACUUGCUUUUUGGGCUAUCAUGGGCUCGUGAAAGAUAUAGUGGUAAUAUAUCGGCCAGGAAUAAUGCAGAGAGCCGCUUGGGAAGCCUUGGAUGUCGAUUUCACAGUCGAGCUGCCUAGUGGCGAUACCGCAGCAUCGCAGAAUAUUCGCUCGGUUGCCUUGCAUUUACGCGACUUACGGAACAGAUACUGGUUGUCUUUCUGGCUGAAUGAAAAUUGGCAGUGGCCUAUAUCUAUCGUGAAGGCGAUACUGAAAUCCGCCAGCCAGACUGUCCGUGUCCAGCUGCAAUGCGACGAAGAGCCGCUGCAGAUUGACAAGUGGGAGCAAACUAACGAAAUGCUGGGAGACAAGGUAGAAGGGUGGAAACAUGCAGAGGGGAGAACUUAUGGUGAGAGUUCCCAUUGUCAGUGAUAUCGUGCUGACCGCAGAGAUAGGGAACGGAAUGAAGGAGGAUGUAGUUUUCUU